GAUGCCCCGUUGCUUUCCCAUCUCUACCCUUUGACAUCCAGUAUUCAGGCAAUCGCCAUGUUCAAAGUGUCUUCUCUGCAGGCUUUCGUGUGUAUCACCAUCUUGAGCUCGACUCUCGCUCGUACUUUGGGCUGUCGAUGUUUUCCCGGGGAUAAAUGUUGGCCUAGUGCAGCUGAAUGGGCUGCUUUUAACGAAACCAUCCAUGGGAGACUUAUUGCGACCGUUCCCAUUGCAAGCAUAUGCCACCACGAUUCAUUUGCUCCUUACGACGCAGAAAAGUGCGAGCAACUUCAGAAUGUCUGGCUUCUACCCGAGACACACUACUCCUCGUCGUCGUCGAUUAUGGCCCAAUUCUUCGCCAAUAUGAGCUGCGACCCUUUUACCCAACCUUCUGCCCAGUGCGUCCUGGGAACUUACGUUCAGUAUGCCGUGAAUGCCACAGGACCGGAUGAUUUCCAGAAGGCAAUGGCUUUUGCUACCGAUAAAAACAUUCGGUUUGUUAUCCGAAGUACGGGCCACGAUUAUUUUGGGAAGUCUACUGGCGCUGGAGCGCUUGCUCUUUGGACGCACAAUAUGAAGGAUAUGGAAAUCCUUGACUACCACUCGCGCAACUACACCGGGAAGGCACUGAAGACGGGCGCUGGUGUGCAAGUCAUAGACGCGUUAGUUGCUGCCCACGCGCAGGGCCUCGUGGUGGCAGGCGGGCAAUGUCAGAGCCUUGCGGUCGCAGGCGGUUAUACUCAAGGUGGCGGUCAUUCAUUGAUGGCAUCGGUAAUCGGCCUCAGCGCUGACCAGGUGCUCGAAUGGGAGGUCGUCACAGCCACUGGCGAGUGUCUCGUGGCCACUCCCCUUAACAACUCGGACUUGUACUGGGCCUUAUCGGGUGGGGGCGGCGGUGCAUAUGCAGCGGUGCUUUCGGUGACGGUGAAGGCCUAUCCAGAUGUCGAGGUAUCCGCAGCUAAUUUGACAUUCACGAUAGCUGAGGGUGUCUCAAGUGAGAGCUUUUUCGCUGUCAUUCAGACCUGGCUGCAGAGCCUUCCCGCCAUUGUCGAUGCUGGAGCAGUCGCCCUUUGGACCCUAGCGGACGGAUUCUUUUCGCUGUCACCCGUCUUCGGGCCGAACCUGACACUGUCCAAGCUGCAAGACCUGCUCAGCCCAACACUGGCAGCCCUAAACCAGAAUGGCAUACCAUACUCAUCGUAUUCUGCUGGAUAUUCCACUUUCCUCGAUGCGUACAAUGCCAUGAAUCCUCCCCAGCCUGUUACAGAUGGCAACAUGGGGGCAUACCUCCUCCCUCGCGAUCUUGUUACAUCUGAGGCUAAUGCCUCGGCGCUUACUAAUGUACUCGAAACAUUGGUCACUGAAGGCGUUGUCACGGGUGGUGUGUCUCUUAAUGUUGCUCGAGGUCAAGACAUCACUCACCCAGUUGCCAACUCGGUCAACCCAGUUUGGAGAACUACCAUUCACUAUCUCGCAUUUGGACUCCCCUACAACCGAACCAGCCUCUCAGCCAAUGUAGAUGAUUGGAACUUGAUCACCAACAACUACGGCCCUCGUCUUGAUGCGCUAGUGCCAGGCGGAAUGUCGAGCUAUCUGAAUGAGGCAAACCCUUUUGAUCCAGAUUGGAAACGAGUCUUUUACGGCGACACUUACAAUCCACUCUUGGAAAUCAAGGACAAGUAUGAUCCGAACAGCAUCUUCUAUGGUUUGACCGCUGUUGGGAGCGACCGUUGGGAAGUGCAAAACGAUGGGCGCCUUUGCAAAGUCUAG